AUGAAAUCCGCAACCAGGUUGGAAUUCACUAGGCCAACUCAAAGAUCAAUCAUCAACAAGAGGAAGAAACAGGUGCCAUUCAUCAUCAGUACUACAAUGGGCGUCUUCAGGAACAGCCCAAGGGAAUCACCAAGGGAAAGAUCAUCAUCCACAAUGCUGCAUCACUUGUUCAACUUGGAAUCAAACAAGGGAAGCAGCAACAACGAGUGUUACAACGGUCUUGUAACCAACAAGCAAGAAGAUGAAGAAAUCAUAUCCCUGGUAUCCCACUGCACUACCACCAUCUUCACUUUUGUCGAUGAUGACUUGGAGUCUUCCUCUGCACAAGAAGCGAAGAGGGUCAAGCUCCUCCGGCUUCUCUCUAUCAUAAAAUCGCUCAAACGGGAGCUUCUAGAUCACGUUGUUACCUCCCUCGUGACCAUGAUCUCGGCCAAUCUCAUCAGGCCGCUCCCUCCAUCAUGUAACAACAAUGUUCAUCACCCGACCCCAGCUGAGGAAAGUGAGGACCUCAAAUCCUCACUCUCCCCUCUCUGGUCUCACCUCCAACCCAUCUAUGAAAUCCUCAUCCGCCUCCUUAUUAACGUGGAUCCCAAAUCACACCAUUCCCGUCUCAUUAUCGAUCGCCAGUUCCUCCUCAGUCUCCUGGACCUCUUCCAGUCUGAGGACUUGAGAGAGCGUGAGAGCUUGAAGAAUGUUUACCACAGGAUAUAUUCAAAGUUUACAUUCUAUCGAGCGUUCAUGAGGAAAUCGAUGAAUGAUGUCCUGUUACACUAUGCUUUUGAGGCCGAGAAGCACUCGGGGAUAGGCGAGCUGCUUGAGAUAUGGGGGAGUAUCAUAAAUGGAUUUACCGUGCCGUUAAAGGAAGAGCAUAAGUUGUUCUUGAUGAGGGUGUUGAUUCCUUUGCACAAGACUAAAGGGAUGAUGGUUUAUCACAGGCAGCUGGCUUACUGUGUCUCUCAGUUCGUGCAGAAGGAGCCUAUUCUUGGUGGGUUGGUUAUUAGAGGGAUCCUGAGGUACUGGCCUAUUACCAAUUGCCAUAAGCAGGUCUUGCUGAUCAGUGAAUUGGAAGAGCUGGUGGAGAAUAUUAGUCCUGACCAUUAUAGAAGGCUGGCUUUGCCAUUGUGUACCCAAGUCACAAGAUGCCUCAACAGUUGGAACUCACAGUUUGUUCCUGUUUUUCUUGGAUUCCCUGUGUCUACGUUGGUCGCAGAGCGAGCUCUCUACUUGUGGAACAACGAUAUUUUUGUGAAGAUGGCAACAUCCGCGAUCGAAGAUGUGUUCCCAGUGGUGGUGGAAGGGAUGGAGAAGAACAUGAAAUGGCACUGGAGCAGCAGCGUGAAGCAACUGACGGAGAAUGUGAAGAAGAUGCUGGAAGAGAUGGAUCCUACCCUUUACGACAAGUGUCUCCAGGAGAUCGGCCACAAGGAUUUCGUCGUGAGGCAAGAGGAGACGAAGAGGAAGGCUAGAUGGGCAAGAGUUGAAUUGCAGGCAGCCAUGAAUAUUAGCAUCAACCAUCAUCAACUUCAUGACGACAUUCUUCAGCCGCAGCUGCAUUACAUUGUUGUUUCCCAUUAGAGCUCUGCAGCAAAAAGAUCAAAGACCUUGUUAUGGAAUUGCCCUGCUCCUACAUGCCUUAGUAAACUAAUUAAUCCACCCGUUAAAAAAUUCAGUGGUGUUUGAUUUUAUUUUUUUCAAUAAUUUGAUUUGUUGUUUUGUGUUGCUUUGUGGUUUUAUUCCUGUUCUUUUUAUAUGGUUCAAGGGAUGGAAUACCCAUAUAGACUCAUUGUGUGAGAUUAGCCAACUUUGGAAUCGGUUAAAAUGGAAAGAAAGAAGGUGAAACCAUUGGGAGAUGACAAUGACUUGAUUCUACCCUUUUUUUAUGCAUAUAGAUCAACUUAAUCUCAUGUCAAUUUGGUAGAUCAUAUCUCUCGUUUGAUACUGAUAUACAAAAAAUAAAAUUUA